AUGUUUGGGCCUCAGGGAGAAGCACUGCUGGGCCAGAGGGCCCCGCGGUCUCUCCCCUGCCUUUUCUUGCGGCUGCUUUCUCUUCUUUGCUUUCUUUUGCUGCUUCUGCUGAGUUGCUUCCCAGCAGCAGCAGCAACAGCAGCAGCAGCAGCAGCAGCAGCAGCAGCAGCAGCUAAGCAGCGUGGCCAUUCCCCCGCAGUUUCGCUUUCUCUGUGGCCUCCCUUCCCGCUCUCUCCCACCUCCCUCUCAGAGCGCAGCAUCUUAGCAGCAGCAGAUUCCGCAGCAGCAGCAGCAGAUUCCGCAGCAGCAGCAGCAGAUUCCGCAGCAGCAGCAGCAGAUCCCGCAGCAGCAGCUGCAGAUCCCGCAGCAGCAGCAGCAGCAGCAGCGGCAGAUUUCGCAGCAGCAGCAGCAGAUCCCACGGCCGCAGCAGCAGCAGGAGAUCCCGCAGCAGCAGCAGCAGCAGAUCCCGCAGCAGCAGCAGAUCCCGCAGCAGCAGCAGAUCCCGCAGCAGCAGCAGAUCCCGCAGCAGCAGCAGCAGCAGAUCCCGCAGCAGCAGCAGCAGCAGGAGGAGAGGGCGGAGCGUCUGGGGUCCUGGGGAGGCGGCUGCCGGAGUUGCCGUGCGUGUCCGCGCCUUCGUUUUUGUCUGCUGCAUCCCGUUCGGGCGCAGCAGCAGCAGCAGCAGCAGCAGCAGCAGCAGCAGCAGCAGACCCCGCAGCAGCACGAGUGUCGUACCGCGGGGGCCCGCUGCUGCCCCGCAGCUGCAGCCACGCGGGCUGCAGGCUGGGAGCUGCUGCUGCUUUCUUCAGCCCCGAAAAGAAGUCUUGCUUCUCCAUAACUUCCUGCUGCAGCUGCCAGCAGCACGGGGGGGGCCUCCCGCGGAUCUGUUUGCUGCUGCAGCGGCCCAAGGCUUUCUUGACUUUGCUGCAGAACCUUUUUAUUCCGGGGGCCCCCCCAGCAGCAUUUGCUUUUCGAAAAGCUUCCAAGGAGGAGAUAGCUCGCACGAUCCCGCAGCAGCAGCAGCUGGGGGCCCACCGCCCUGCUGCUGCUGCUGCUGCUGCUGCUGCUGCUGCUGCGGGGCAGCAGCCCGCUGCUGCUGCUGCUGAGGCCGAGGAGGAGGAGUUCCCCCCAGACGCGGACGAAGACUUCCAGGAAGAAGUUCGAGUUGCUGUUGUUUUGUCUCAGAAAGAUCCUGCUGCUGAAAGGCCUUUUGUUUUUGACACUUUCGGGCCUUCAGCAGCAGCAGCAGCAACAGCAGCAGCAGCAGCAGCGCCGGGCGAAGCCGCUGCAGCAGAAGCCGAGGAGUGGGCAGAAGAACCCGAAGGAAGCUUCGUGCAAACGCAAGCAGCAGCAGCAGCAGCAGCAGCAGCAGCAGCAGCAGCAGCAGCAGGAACAGCAGCAGCAGCAGAAAAAGGACCUGCAGCAGCAGCAGCAGCAGCAGCAGCAGGAGCAGGAGGCAGCAGGGAUGCAGCAGUUGCUUCCUUUUUGGAAACUGGGGGUUUUGGACUUGGGAAAAUAUUUAAAAGAAAAGGAGAAGAAGAAGAAGAAGAGGGGCCCCCCGAAGAAGAAGAAGAGCAGCAGCAGCAAAAGAAGCGGGGGGGCCUCUUGCGGCGGCUGCUGCAGCGGAAGGGGAGAGCAGCAGCAGCAGCAGCAGAAGAAGGCGAAGAAGCAGAAGACUUCGGCGAGGAGGAGGCCGCAGAGGGCGAGCAGCAGCAGCAGCAGCAGCAGCAGCAGCAGCAGCAGCAGCGGCGGCGGCGGAAGCUGGGGGCUGGGGUGAAGAAGAAGCUGCAGGCGGCGCUGCGGGCGCCGAAGGCGCUGCUGCUGCGCAGCAGCAGCAGCAGCAGCAGCAGCAGCAGCAGCAGCAAGACGCAGGUGGAACUUUCGCUGGACUUCUCCUCUCCUGCUGCUCCCAAGUGCAGCGCGCCGGCCGUUUGGAAGGGAAAGCUGCGGACUUCUUCUUUUGUUUUCUUUUCUUUCAACUUGAGAGUUUUAGCAGCAGAAGUUUCCAGCAGCAACUUUGCUGCUUUCGUUUCCAGCGCCCUGGCUCUCGAAGUCACUUGCAAAGAAAAAACAGGAUGCUUCCUCGAAGACGCCCUCAUCUCUUGCGUCCAGGUACCGCAGCAGCAGCAGCAGCAGCAGCAGCAGCAGCAGCAGCAGCAGCAGCAGCAGCGGCAGCGGCAGCGGCAGCGGCGGCGGCAGCGCAGCAGCAGCUGCAGCGGCAGCUGCAGCAGCGGCAGCGCAGCAGCAGCUGCAGCUGCAGCAGCAGCUGCAGCAGCGGCAGCGCAGCAGCAGCUGCAGCUAGGGAGUUCAUACAGCCGCAGCAGCAGCAGCUCAGAGGCUGGCCGCGGGACCUUUAGAGUUUUGGAGUUCGUGAGAAGUGCCGACUUGAUGCUUGCUGCUGCUGCUGCUGCUGCUGCUGCUGCUGCUGCUGCUGCUCAGGUGUCUUGUCCGAAGAAAGUGCAAGUGCGGGAAGAGCUGCUGCAGCACGUCAACGCGCACAGAGCAGCAGCAAAUAAGCAGCUGGAAAAAGUAGCAGCAAUACUGCAGCAGCGGGGGGGCCCCGAGAAGCUAAGUAAGGAAGAAAGAGAACAAAUAGCAAAAGCUUAUGCUGAGCGCGUGCGGCAGCAGCAGCAGGAGCAGCAGCAGCAGCAGCAGCAGCACCAGCUGCUGCUGCAGCAGCAGGUCCACCAGCACCAGCAGCUCGAGCAGCAGAGGCAGCAGCAAAUCGCGCUCCAGCAGCAGAUCCAGCAGCAGCAGCUGCUGCUGCAGCAGCAGCAGCCAAGACCCGGGGCCCCCGUCGUCGUCUCAGCAGCAGAAGAACCCCCCGAAGAAGAGGAGGAAGAGCAGCAGCAGCAGCAGCAGCAGCAGCAGCAAAAGGAAGAACCCGCGAAGCCCCGCCCCAAAGUCCAGCUGAAGCUCACAGGAGCAGCAGCAACAGCAGCACCAGCAGCAACAGAAGCCCACGGGGUGAUUGGCAACAGAACUCAAGUCCGAGUCAAUAAGGGUUUCAAGCCGCAGCAGCUCGAGUCCCUCGGUGCUGCAGUCUUCUUCGCGCGGUGGUCAAAGCAUCUGCGGGCGGCGACAGUGGGGAAUUUCGUGAAGGCGAAUAUAUCGAAGGAGGCUUCUGCAGCAAUUCCAAAUGGGGGUAAAUUAAUUCAGGAUUUAGGCUUUUGUUUUCUGCUCAUUGUGUGGCGUUACGGCGAGCUCCAGCAGCAGCAGCAGCAGCAGCAGCAGCAACAGCAGCAGCAGCAGCAGCAACAACAGCAGCAGCAGCAGCAACAGCAGCAGCAGCAGCAGCAGCAGGAGCAGAGCAUCUAA